CCGAGCUCCCCUCCUGCCGCCGCCAUGUCCCGCCGCAGCCAGCGCCUUGUCACCAGCCGCUAUUAUCCCGGGGACGAAGAUGCCACGACCAGCGGCAGCAGCACAUCUCUGCUGGGUGGGACACAGCUCCCCUUCAAGGAGACCACGGGCAGGACGAUCAGGAGGAAAUCGAGUAGCACCAAGCGCCUCUCUCCCGGCCCCAGCACCCAAACCUCCUACUAUAGCGAGUCCAUGAUGAGCGAGUCCUACCUGGGGGGCAGCCGGGGCCUUGCUGCCCUGGGCAGCUCCAUGCUGGAUGAUGACCUGGACAGCAGCACGUACUGGGGUGGAGAGCUCUCCACCAGGAGGAGAAGAGGCACAGGGGACACCGAGUCCAGUAAGAUCAAUGGGGUGCUGGAGAGCAAGACGUACGACACCUACACGUCUUCAUCUGGGUACUCCUCGGAGGACGACUACGCUGGUCACUAUUACUCAGGCCAGAGUAGCUCCGGGUCAGGUCUGAGAACUGCAGCCUCACGGGUGGGCUCCUUCCUCUGGCAGGUGUUCACCUCCCCAGUUUGGUUCAUGGGGUGGCUGUUCUCGGGGCUGGCAGGGGCCUGGCGCCGCCUCACCGGCACAGCUUCCCACCUGGACAGCGUCCCCUUCUCCAGGCGCUACCCACGUCUGAAGAGGUCCCUGCUGCUGCUGCUGCUCCUCCUGCUCCUCGCUGCUGCCGCCUACGGAGCUUGGUACUUCUACCCGUACGGGCUGUCGACACUCAGCCUGCAUUCCUUCCCGUGGUGGGGAGCUGGAAAGCUUUCCUCCUCCUCCUCUGACCUUCCUGGGGCAGGGGACCUGACCACGCUGGACCAGGGGGGACACCGACUCCUGGCUCGCUUCCAGGCGCUGGAGAAGCGCUUUGAGGCACUGGAGGCCGAGCUGUCGCGGUGGGAGCUGCGUCGUGGGGCGGCAGCAGUGACAGCAGGGGGAGAGCCCCCCCCGGGGGACAUCCUUGCGCUGCUGGAGGGGCUGGUGAGCCGCCGGGACGCGGGGCUGAAGGAGCACCUCCGCUCCGACAUGGCCAACCAGCUCCAGGGCGAGCUGGAUGUGCUCCGGGCCCAGGUGCAGAGGGAUUUGGACGGGCGCCUGGGCAAGAUGGCACAAGCUUCCCGGGAGAUGGAGGCACGCUUGCUGGAGCUGAACUCGGAGUGGCAGAGCUCGGUGCAGGAGAGCCUGCGAGGGACCUUCCAGCAGGAGGUGGGCAAGCUGGAGCAGGAGGUGGCAGUGCUGAGGAGGGAGCUGGCAAGCCUCAAGUCAGACCAGGAAGUGAUGGGGAAGCACGUGAAGGGGAUACUGGAGCAGCUGAAGACCGUGCGGGCAGAUGUGGAAGCACAGUUCCCAGUGUGGAUCAGUAGGUUCCUGUCACAGUCCCAGCAGGAUGGUGCUGCUGCCUUCAUCCUCCAGCGGGAAGACUUGCAAGCAGAGCUCCGGGCUCUGGAGCAAAAGAUCCUUGCAAAAGUCCUGGAGGACCGGAGACUGUCAGCACGGGAUGCUCAGGCUGGCAUUGGAGUGGCCCUGCGGCAAGGAGGGGCUGCAGGAGUGACAGAGGAGCAAGUGCAUCUCAUCGUGGGCCAGGCCCUGAAGCGCUACAGCGAGGACCGGGUGGGGAUGGUUGACUAUGCCCUCGAGUCAGCAGGGGCCAGUGUCAUCAACACUCGCUGCUCGGAGACCUACGAGAUGCGGACGGCGCUGCUGAGCUUGUUUGGCAUCCCCCUGUGGUACCACUCGCAGUCCCCCCGUGCCAUCCUGCAGCCAGACGUCAACCCUGGGAACUGCUGGGCGUUUCGUGGCUCCGAGGGCUUUGCUGUCAUCCGCCUCUCCGGCGUUAUCCGCCCCACGGCCGUGACGCUGGAGCACAUCCCGAAAGCCCUCUCGCCGCAGGGAACCAUCCCCAGUGCCCCCAAGGACUUUGCUGUCUACGGCUUAAAGGAAGAAAGAGAGGAGGAGGGCCUUCUCCUUGGACAGUUCACCUACAACCACGAUGGAGACCCCAUCCAAACAUUUUACUUGGAGGGUGACUCCAUGGGCACAUACCAGCUGGUGGAGCUGCGGGUGCUGAGCAACUGGGGCCACCCCGAGUACACGUGCAUCUACCGCUUCCGCGUGCACGGGGAGCCGGCGCUCUGACCCCGGCCCGGCUGGAUGAGGACGCUGCCGGGCUGGCAGCAGGAGGGGACGUGGCUGCUUCACUGCUUCGCACCUAGAAACCCUGGCACGUGCCAGCAGCCGCCCCAGGAAGCUCUCCCCUGGCGGGAGGAGAAGAGCUGGUGUUGAAGGGGUGAGGCUUUCACUCUUCCAAGGACCGGGGUGGUGAGGCAAGAGCAUCCCACGUGGGUCCUAGCGCAGCCUGGCUCGUUUUCAGUGCAUAUGGGACAUUUUAACUUUUUCAGCUAACUUUGUAUCGGGUUUGCGCUGCCCCUCUUCCCUGUUGUCCCACUCCUUUCUAGCAUGGCCAGGGCUUGGGAAAGGGGUGUGUCAUUUUGUGAUGUGCUUCAUGCGGGCUUGGGUGCAGGAGAUGGGAGUGUGGGACCACUCGGUGCCUGACUCGGUGCUGCCACAGUAGGUGGGAGCCACUGAUUAUGGCCACCAAGUCCCCUCCACACAGGGUCACUUCUCUUGCCUUGGUGUUGGUUUGGGUAAAGAUCUCCAGCCCUCCAAUGCUGGGCUGACAGAGAGGAAAUAAGACAGUAUUAAUGAAGUAUUAACAUAAAACUAAUGGUUUGGGGCAGCGGGAGGAGAGGAGCGUGGCACACAUUGGUGGCAGAGCCCACCUUGGUGCUGCCAUCCAUCCAUCCAAGCCCUCCUGCUGACAGUAGCUGAGUUGGGUCUUGCUGAAGCUGUUGGCCUCCCUGGCUGGCUGCCUCCCCAGUGUUAAGCUUGGUGAUGCUACUGAAAAUUCCUGUUGCCUGCUUUUCCUUUGGGGUUUGUUCUGAUAUUUUUUUUUAAAGAGGGGUGGGGAGGGGAACUAUUUUCCAGUUGGGG